ACGCAGAAGAUGAAUCUCUUUCAAUCCAUAACGAGUGCCUUGGACAAUGCUCUAGCCAAAGAUCCGACUGCAGUAAUAUUUGGUGAAGAUGUGGCCUUUGGUGGAGUCUUCAGGUGUACAGUUGGCUUGCGAGACAAAUAUGGUAAAGAUAGAGUUUUCAACACCCCCUUGUGUGAACAAGGAAUUGUUGGCUUUGGUAUUGGAAUUGCUGUUACUGGUGCUACAGCCAUUGCAGAAAUUCAGUUUGCUGAUUACAUUUUUCCAGCAUUUGAUCAGAUUGUUAAUGAAGCAGCAAAAUAUCGUUACCGGUCUGGAGAUCUGUUUAAUUGUGGGAACCUCACCAUCAGAGCUCCCUGGGGCUGUGUGGGUCAUGGUGCACUAUAUCACUCUCAGAGUCCAGAAGCUUUUUUUGCUCAUUGUCCUGGAAUAAAGAUUGUUAUUCCGAGGAGUCCUCUUCAGGCCAAAGGACUGCUCCUGUCAUGCAUAGAGGACAAAAAUCCAUGCAUAUUCUUUGAACCUAAAAUACUUUACAGAGCUGCAGUGGAACAAGUUCCUGUGGAUCCCUACUACAUUCCCCUGUCUCAAGCUGAGGUGCUGCAGAUGGGCAGUGACGUGACACUGGUUGCUUGGGGUACUCAGGUACAUGUGAUCAAAGAGGUGGCAGCAAUGGCUCAAGAAAAGCUUGGUGUGUCCUGUGAAGUUAUUGAUCUGAGGACGAUCUUACCCUGGGAUACAGAGACCAUUUGCAAGUCAGUGGUGAAGACUGGGCGAUUGCUGAUUAGCCACGAGGCUCCCUUGACAGGAGGAUUUGCUUCUGAAAUCAGUUCCACAGUUCAG